AUGGAUGCAUCUCAUCUUGCCCCGACCUCCGCGCAGCAUGCGGCGGUCAGAGGACAUGAGCUGGUCAGAGGGCAUGGGCCGGCCAAAGACACAAAGUUCAACCCUCCAUCGAAGGAGUCACAGACUCGACCAAGCUCCCCCACGAUGAACCCCGUGUUUCCAGCCCCAGAGCCUGGCCAAAAACCACGAAAGCUGGUUCUGUGCUUCGACGGCACCGGGAACAAGUUCCAUGGCGACGACAGCGACAGCAACAUUCUCAAGAUUUUCCGAAUGCUCAAUCGAACAGCCAAUGACCAAUAUCACUACUACCAACCUGGCAUUGGCACGUAUGUCAUAUCCGGAUCGCUCACCCACACCGGCCUUCGCGCCAGGUUAAGUUCGUGGUAUCAAAAGGCCAAGGACUCGGCCGUUGGGUCCUCUUUUGACCAGCAUGUCGUCGGCGGUUACCGGUUCCUGAUGCGAUUUUACAACCCGGGCGACGAGAUUUACAUGUUUGGAUUCAGUCGAGGCGCGUACAUUGCUCGUUUCCUUGCCGAGAUGCUCGACUACAUUGGCCUACUUUCCCACGGUAAUGAAGAAAUGGUCAAGUUUGCUUGGAAGGCAUUUGCCGAAUGGCAGAGCCGCGAGAUGGCUUCGGGCACGGACGAGGAGGCGGGAGAAACCAAGAAGAAGAGAGAUGAAAUGUUUCGCUUCAUGAAGGGAUUCCGCGAAACCUUUUCGAGGCCCGUCGGCAGGAUUCGAUUCCUCGGGUUGUUCGACACGGUCAACUCGGUUCCACGCUUCGAAACGGCUUGGAUGCAGCGCAGCAAGUUCCCUUACACCGCGCGAAGCAGCGCCAAAGUGAUUCGCCACGCCGUGAGCAUCGAUGAAAGACGUGCCAAGUUUCGUCAGGAUCUCAUGUACCAAGCUAUACCGACACGAACAGAAAAGCGUCGUCAUUUUGGCGAAUUCUUGGAUGAUUUGCGGGGUGACCUGCGGGAUGUGCGGGAUCGAGGACGGCGGCCGAGUUAUCUCAUGCCCGGAGAAAACAAAGAGAAAGAGGCCCCGAACCAAGAAUCUGCGAAUUACGCCCCAUACCGAGCUCGAUCCAAGUCUGGCGCCAGAACGGCUUCUAGGCAACGGGCGGAAUUCGAAACCAUGUCAAACAUCUCCGGCAUCCCCCUCUCCGACGUCGACCCUGAAGACGAUGGCCAGGACAUUGACGAAGUCUGGUUUGCAGGAGGGCAUGCCGAUGUCGGCGGAGGCUGGGAGAUGCUCGAGGACAGCAAGAGCGCCAGCCAUAUCCCGCUGGCGUGGAUGGUGAGAGAAGCCAUGAAGGCCGGGCUCCCGUUCGACGAGGAAAAGGUCGCCGAGAUGGGAUGCUGCGCCGAGGAGGAGUUCAACGAGCUCGAACCCAAGACAGUCGACCCGCCUGAAAUUCCAGAUAUCCGCGUGGCUAACGGUACGGGAGGACCGAGUCGAACGCCUACAAUGCCCAGCCUCGGCACGGACGAAAAGACCGACGUCGAUCAUUCACAUCACGGCUUUCACGGCAUCAUACACGGGGCAUGCGGUGCAAAGAUCCACGACUCACUCGAGUUUGGCCAAGGUCUCGGCGACCUGGCCGUGGCUGCGUGGAAAUUUAUGGAAUAUCUUCCAUUCCGCAGAAUGGAUCUGCAGAGCGACGGCUCAUGGAGGCCGAUCCGAUGGCCUCUGCCCUGCGGAGAGGUGCGAGACAUUCCCUCGGGCGUGCGCGUCCACGGCAGUGUCAUCCGUCGCAUGAACAUGGACGAGACGUAUCGCCCAGGCAAUCUGAUCAUUGGAGGCGGUGGUCGAGGCACCAGAAAGGCACCGCCAGAGUACGGAAUUGGAGAAUGGCUGUGUGUUGCUGAGCCUGGCGAUCCGGUUGGAGAGAUUUGGAUCAGGAAGCAAAAGGAGGGGAAUUAG